UAAUUGAUAAUUGUUUGCAAUAUUUUUAUAUAUCUAUUUUAAACGAAUAAACAUUUUUAUUAUUUUACCAAUAAAAGUCAUCUUUAUUGUGAAAUGAGUAAUUUCUCUUUAGAUUUAUAUUGUGUGUAAUCUUACUAGCAUUUAAUGUUAUACGGCAUGUAAACAACAUGGAGGAAGAAGGAGCAGGUGGAGCCGAUAAUAUUGUCGCAGAUUUCAACACCUACGAGGAGUUUCUUGAUUUCCAGAUAAAACCAAUCGAUUUAUACUAUCUUGAGGAUGAAGAGUUGGCUAGACAGGUUGUUGAGCUUGGAUACAGAGGUAGUGGAGAAGUUUUGAAGCGUGAAGAAUUUGAGGCUCGUAAACAGGCUGCUGAAGCUAGUCGACUAUCUAAAAGGAGUCAACAGAAGACUUUGGCACAUUCAGGAAAGGAAAUAAAUGAUCCAUUUUUGAAAGCUCUUGCAAUGAGAGAGGAAGGAAAUAGAAGUGGAAAAAUGACAAGUAUUAUAUUCAUUAGAGAUAAGAAUGCACGGGAUCAGGAAAUUUCUGGUUAUAUAGAUUAUGCUCACAGACUCAAGACAGAAGAUUUUGAACCAUAUUUCUCUGGAAAGAAAAAACUCUUACCAAGACCAUCUGAUUUAAGUUUUUAUAAUUGGGAAACACAGACAUCAACAUCAAACCCUACACCAAAUUAUCUAGUAAUGGCUGACAAUGCUAAGGGACUGAUAUUUAAAAAUAAGAGAGACAGAAAGAAAGUCGAUGUGGACCCUAAAGCUCCUUCACCAGGGGAUAACACAGAGAGAACAAUAAUAGAAUCUCCCAAAUACAUACAGAUUGUCAUAUACGACCACAAGACACGUAGGAAAACAUAAAUAUCAACUAUAUUUGUAUACAAAAACUGUGAUAAUGAAAUAUGUAAAUAAGUAUGAAGACAAUAUUUUUGUCAGUAUUGUGAGGGUCAUUUAAAGAUCCCUUGGAAUAUUUUAAAAUUAGUUGAAUACAUUUGAAUAUUUUUAAAAGAAAAUUAUAAGCCCUUACAGGCAUGACAGGGAAAUAAACAGUUGAGAAGAUCAUAUUGCAUAAAUAUUUUGUUAAAUGAAGAAAAAAAAAUCAAUAUUUUAUUCUACAUUGUAAUUGAUAAGUAUAUCUGAUAAAUUUUCAAAGAUCCAUCCAUUCAGAUAAUGUUGACUGAAGAUGGUAGAAACCAAUCUUCAGUGCAACAGCUUGUAAUUUUCUUUGAUUUUUUUAUCAUGAAUGUACACAGUACCAAUUUUCCUGUCUGAUUUUGAAGAUAUAACUGUGAUCAUAAUUUAUUUAUUCAAUUAUUUAUAAUUGUUUUGCCUUAAAUAUAUAAUAAAUCUUGUUUUUAUAA